AUGGUUGGACGGUUGAACUUUCCAAAUGUUUGCGAAGAGGACCCGCUGGGCAUGAGCUCUCGGUCGGACAGAGGUCUAGAUAGCCCGGACUCCGGGUUACCACCGAGUCCGAGCCCCAGUGCUUGGCUGCUGCCUCCGGACAAGGCCCGUGGCGUGAGCCCGGUACCGGAGGUCGAAGGAACCGGAUCGCGGGUUUCAACUUUGCCGUCUGGUUCCUUGCAGCCACUAUCCUUUGGGGAGGGAAUAACAAUUGACACCUUACCUCCCAAAGAAGUAAGAUACACCUCCUUAGUGAACUAUGACUCAGACCGCCACUUUAUUCAGAAUGUGGCUCUGCAGCCGUGGGGUCAGAGCCUUGAGCACUGCAAGCAGACCAUCACAGCAGUGUCCAGCAGCACCUGGCGUCAUUACAAGACGCAGUUGGACUUCCAGCCACGCCAUCGGCCGCAUAGCUUUAUGAGCACCACCAUCAUUUACCCCAAGAAAACGAGUGUCGUGUACGCAACAGAGCUGAGCUAUGACCGCCACCGGCGAAACAGACGUUUCCUCUCCAGUGUGGAGUUAGAGCCAGCGGGAAGCUACCUCAGUAAGACAGGAGAGAUCAUUAUGACCGAUCCUGUUCUGUAA